AUGUUCCUCCAACGUACAGCCUCCGCCCUCGCAAGGCGCUCGCCUGCCCGCGCUUUCACCCUCGCCCAGCGCCCCUUCUCUUCCUCCAUCAUUCGCUCCAAUGAGAAGAAGUGGACUCCCAAGCAGGAGGGCAAGAUCCUGACCUUCGAGGAGAUCAAGGCCGAGGAUGACCUCAUCGCUCCUGGUGCUAAGCCCGGUACCAUUCCCACCGACAUCGAGCAGGCCACCGGUCUUGAGCGUCUGGAACUCAUCGGAAAGAUGCAGGGCAUUGACAUCUUCGACAUGCGUCCCCUUGAUGCCUCCCGCAAGGGCACACUCGAAGACCCCAUCAUCGUCAACGGUGCCGGUGAUGAGCAGUACGCCGGUUGCACCGGUUUCCCCGUAGACUCCCACCAGGUCAACUGGCUGACCGUCUCCCGCGAGCGCCCCAUUGAGCGCUGCCUCGAGUGCGGCAACGUGGUCAAGCUGAACUACGUCGGACCCGAGGAGGACCCCCACUCCCACGACCACGACCACGGUCACCACCACCCCCCUCACGUCGAGCCCAAGACCUUCGCCGACUACGUGAAGCCCGACUACUGGUACCGGUAA